AUGAGCACGGAAAGGGACUCAGAGACGACCUUCGACGAGGACUCGCAGCCCAAUGAUGAGGUGGUUCCUUACAGCGAUGAUGAAACCGAAGACGAGCUGGAGGACCAAGGGCCCGGGGUGGAACCGGAACAGAAUCGCGUCAACCGGGAAGCGGAGGAGAGCAGGGAGCCCUUCAGGAAAGACUGUACGUGGCAAGUCAAAGCGAACGAUCGAAGCUUCCACGAACAACCUCACUUCAUGAACACGAAGUUCCUUUGUAUUAAGGAAAGCAAAUAUGCGAAUAAUGCAAUUAAAACUUACAAGUACAAUGCGUUUACCUUUCUGCCCAUGAAUCUGUUUGAGCAGUUUAAGCGAGCAGCCAACUUCUAUUUCCUGGUCCUGCUUAUCUUGCAGGCGAUCCCUCAGAUCAGCACGCUGGCCUGGUACACCACCUUCGUGCCCCUGCUCUUGGUGCUUGGCAUCACCGCCAUCAAAGACCUGGUGGACGACGUGGCUCGUCAUAAAAUGGACAGGGAGAUAAACAACAGGACAUGUGAAGUCAUCAAGGACGGCAGAUUCAAAGUCACCAAGUGGAAAGAGGUUCAAGUUGGAGAUGUCAUUCGUCUGAAAAAGAAUGAUUUCAUUCCAGCGGACAUUCUGCUGCUCUCCAGCUCUGAACCCCACAGCCUCUGCUAUGUGGAAACUGCUGAGCUAGACGGAGAAACCAAUUUGAAGUUCAAAAUGGCACUUGAAGUAACAGAUCAGGCUCUCCAAAAAGAAAAUGCCUUGGCAAAAUUUGAUGGUUUUAUUGAAUGUGAAGAACCCAAUAACAGAUUGGACAAAUUCACGGGGACACUCUUCUGGAGGAACACGAGUUUUCCUUUAGAUGCUGAUAAAAUUUUGCUGCGUGGCUGCGUGAUCAGGAACACUGAUUUCUGCCACGGGUUGGUCAUUUUCGCAGGAGCUGACACAAAAAUAAUGAAGAACAGUGGGAAGACGAGGUUUAAAAGAACAAAGAUUGACUACCUGAUGAACUACAUGGUCUACACGAUCAUUAUUGUUCUGAUCCUUCUCUCCGCUGGUCUGGCCAUUGGCCACGCCUACUGGGAAGCACAAGUGGGCAAUUACUCUUGGUACCUCUAUGAUGGAGAAGACUAUUCGCCCUCCUACCGUGGAUUCCUCACUUUCUGGGGUUACAUCAUCGUGCUUAACACCAUGGUACCCAUCUCACUCUAUGUCAGUGUGGAAGUGAUUCGUCUUAUGCAGAGCUAUUUCAUCAACUGGGACCUUCAGAUGUACUAUGUGGAGAAGGACACGCCCGCAAAGGCCCGGACGACCACGCUGAACGAGCAGCUGGGGCAGAUCCACUAUGUUUUCUCUGACAAGACGGGGACGCUGACUCAAAACAUCAUGACUUUUAAAAAGUGCUGCAUCAAUGGGCAGAUAUACGGAGACCACCGGGACGCCUCCCAGCACAACCACAACAAAAUAGAGCCCGUGGAUUUUAGCUGGAACACAUACACUGACGGGAAGCUUGUGUUCUACGACCAUUAUCUCAUUGAGCAAAUCCAGUCAGGGAAGGAGUCUGAAGUGCGUCAGUUCUUUUUCUUGCUCGCGGUGUGCCACACGGUCAUGGUGGAAAGACAGGAGGGUCAGCUCAACUAUCAGGCAGCCUCGCCCGAUGAAGGUGCUCUGGUCAGCGCCGCCAGGAACUUUGGCUUCGUCUUCCUCUCAAGGACCCAGAACACCAUCACUGUUAGUGAGAUGGGCACCCAGAGGACCUACAACGUUCUUGCCAUCUUGGACUUCAAUAGUGACCGGAAGCGGAUGUCUAUCAUUGUAAGAACUCCAGAAGGCAAUAUCAGGCUUUAUUGUAAAGGAGCUGACACCGUCAUUUAUGAAAGGUUACAUCAGAUGAAUCCUUCAAAGCAAGAGACACAGGAUGCCCUGGAUAUCUUUGCAAGCGAGACUCUCAGGACCCUGUGCCUUUGCUACAAGGAAAUUGAAGAAAAGGAAUUUGCAGAAUGGAAUAAAAAGUUCAUGGCUGCAAGUGUGGCCUCAACCAACCGGGACGAAGCUCUCGAUAAAGUGUAUGAGGAGAUUGAAAAAGACCUGAUUCUAUUGGGAGCUACAGCUAUUGAAGACAAGCUUCAGGAUGGAGUCCCAGAGACCAUCUCCAAACUGGCGAAAGCAGACAUUAAGAUCUGGGUACUUACAGGAGACAAAAAGGAAACUGCUGAGAAUAUAGGAUUUGCCUGUGAACUUCUCACAGAAGACACCACCAUCUGCUACGGGGAAGAUAUCAAUUCCCUUCUUCACGCAAGGAUGGAAAACCAGAGGAACAGAAGCGGAGUCUACGCAAAGUUUAUACCCCCAGUGCAAGAACCCUUUUUCCCUCCUGGGGAAAACCGUGCCUUAAUCAUCACUGGUUCUUGGUUGAAUGAAAUCCUUCUAGAGAAAAAGACCAAGAGAAGUAAGAUUCUGAAACUGAAGUUCCCGAGGACAGAAGAGGAAAGAAGGAUGCGGACUCAGAGCAAAAGGCGGCUCGAGGCCAAGAAGGAGCAGCGGCAGAAGAACUUCGUGGACCUGGCCUGCGAGUGCAGGGCAGUCAUUUGCUGCCGGGUCACGCCCAAGCAGAAGGCCAUGGUGGUGGACCUGGUCAAGAGGUACAAGAAGGCCAUUACGCUGGCGAUUGGAGACGGGGCCAAUGACGUCAAUAUGAUCAAAACUGCCCACAUUGGUGUUGGAAUAAGCGGACAAGAAGGCAUGCAGGCCGUCAUGUCAAGUGACUUCUCCUUUGCCCAGUUCCGCUACCUGCAGAGGUUGCUGCUGGUGCAUGGCCGGUGGUCCUACAUCAGGAUGUGCAAGUUCCUGCGAUACUUCUUCUAUAAAAACUUUGCGUUCACUUUGGUUCACUUCUGGUACUCCUUCUUCAACGGCUACUCGGCACAGACGGCUUACGAGGACUGGUUCAUCACCCUCUACAACGUGCUCUACUCCAGCCUGCCUGUCCUCCUUAUGGGCCUGCUCGACCAGGAUGUCAGCGACAAACUCAGCCUCCGAUUCCCCAGGCUCUACGUGGUGGGACAGAGGGACCUCCUCUUUAACUACAGAAAGUUCUUCGUGAGCUUGUUGCACGGGGUCUUAACGUCACUCAUCCUCUUCUUCAUCCCUUUUGGAGCUUUUCUGCAAACCAUGGGGCAGGACGGUGAGGCCCCUUCGGACUACCAGUCCUUCGCCGUCACGGUUGCCUCUGCUCUUAUCGUAACGGUGAAUUUCCAGAUUGGCUUGGACACUUCUUACUGGACUUUUGUGAAUGCGUUUUCCAUCUUUGGGAGCAUUGCUCUUUAUUUUGGCAUCAUGUUCGACUUCCACAGUGCCGGGAUCCAUGUUCUCUUUCCAUCUGCAUUUCAAUUUACAGGCGCUGCUUCAAAUGCGCUGAGACAGCCGUAUCUCUGGCUGACCAUCAUCCUGACCGUCGCCGUGUCCUUACUGCCGGUUGUUGCCAUACGCUUCUUGUCCAUGACCAUUUGGCCGUCAGAAAGUGAUAAGAUUCAGAAGCAUCGCAAGCGGUUGAAGGCGGAGGAGCAGUGGAAGCGGAGGCCAGUGUUCCGCAGGGGCGCAUCGUCCAGGCGCUCUGCCUACGCCUUCUCGCACCAGCGUGGCUAUGCGGACCUCAUCUCAUCGGGGCGCAGCAUCCGCAAGAAGCGGUCUCCGCUGGACGCUAUCGUGGCCGAUGGGAUAGCGGAGUACCGGCGCACUGGGGACAGCUGA